AAAUCUGAGUAGUCAGUAGUUAGUGUAUUCCGUUCAAAAUGUGCGGCGGUGCGAUUAUCGCUGACUUAAUCCCUCGUGGUCGAGGUCGCUCCACCUCUCCUUCCGAUCUCUUUUCCGAUUUCCAGUUUGCUAAGUUCGACAGCUUCGAUUCGGAUUUCCUUUGCUUCAGCCGUCAACAACAAGAAGAAUCAUCCAAGAAACGGGCUUCCCCUUCUUCAGGUAGUGAGACCGCCGGGGCUGAGAAGGAAGGAAAGAGGAAAAGGAAGAAUCUGUACAGGGGGAUUCGGCAGCGACCAUGGGGGAAAUGGGCUGCUGAAAUUCGAGACCCCAGAAAAGGAGUUAGGGUUUGGUUGGGUACUUUCAACACGGCUGAAGAGGCUGCGAGAGCUUAUGAUAGAGAAGCGAGGAAGAUAAGAGGUAAGAAAGCCAAGGUUAAUUUCCCCAAUGAAGGAGAAGAAUGUUUCCAGAAUACCCAAAAGCCUACUCGUAGGAAUCCCCACCAAUUCUCCGGCAUUGAUAUCUCCAAUGUUUCGAAUGUUGGGUUUACCGGCAAUCUGAAUCAGAUGGGAACAUUUCCGUUUCCAGCCAAUGAGUCUUAUGGUCACUCUGCUUUCAACCCAAACCCAGUUGGUCCGGUCUUUGUCACGCCUGCGCCUCCUAUGCCGAUGUCGAUGCCAAUGCUAGCGUCGAUUUCCGAGGAGGGGACACUUGUGUCUGGAACAGAGAGCGGAGAUUCUGCAACGUGCUUUGAGCAACUUAACGUGAAAGAAGAAGAGAAAGGAGAAGAAGCAAAGGAGGAGGAUAAUGAAGUGCAGGGGCUUUCGGAAGAAGAGAUGUUGGCGUUAGAGACUUACAUGAACUACCACCCGAUUCCAUAUCUGGAAGGCUUAGAUGAACAGUCCAUGGUGGCGAAUGCGAAUGCGAAUGCGAAUGCGAAUACCGUUCAGGAAAACGUAGUUGAAGGCUCUUCACUGGACCUCUGGAGCUUCGACGAUGUUCCUUCUGCCCCUGUUCUGUAA